AUACAGACACAAAUGGACACUGUACAUGUACUGUACAGCACGGCCCCUCCUGAGAACCCUCAAUGUCUACAUGCAUUUAAAACUGAGAGGUGGGCACCGGCGCCAGAGGUGAGGUUGAAUACAAAGACCGUCCUCUGGACACCGUAUAACAUGCCCGAUCCCAAGGCCCUAUAUGUAUGUGUUAUGAGAGUGUGAGUAAUGUGGAUGUCUAGGUUGUGGAAUAAAAUCAGUCUGCUGAUAAAACAGUGAGCACAGUGAGAAGAUCUUCACUGAGCUGAUCCAUCUCAUCUCAUAAAAUUGAGGCACAGGUGACCAGGAGGGGACAGAGGGGGAACGACCUUUUAUUGCUUUUUUCUACAACAAUUUCUUAGUUCAGCUGCAGUAUUUGAUAUCCUGUAAUGACUAAAAUGAUAAUUUAAACUAAUUUACAUAAAAAGAUUGUCUUUUAAAUGUUAAGGUUAUUUAACAACUUUAAAGGCUGAGCAGUGCUAUUUUUAAAUGAAAAACUCACAGGCUCACAUGUUCCAGGAUUGAAUUAGUGUCUGAUAACCCUCCCUCUUCCUGCUCUCUAACUCAGCACCUCCUCUCUGUCCACAUGUUCCCUUGUUCCCUCCCCUUCUGAUCUGCAGUUUGAAGAUGGGUGCAACCAACAUGUGGUGACGUAUAAGAGCUGACAGAUCCCAUUCGCUACAGAAACCUAUGUUGUUUAGAUCAGAGCAGUUUCAGUUCUGAGGAAGUGAAACUCACACAGUCACUGACACUGUUGGGUGAAAUGGCGCAGAAAAGUGUUCAGCUGGACCGAGAAACCUUCUCUUGUUCGAUCUGUUUGGAUCUACUGAAGGAUCCGGUGGCUAUUCCCUGUGGACACAGCUACUGCAUGAAGUGUAUUGAAAGCUUCUGGGAUGAAGAGGAAAAGAAGAAAAUCUACAGCUGCCCUCAGUGCCGGAGGACUUUCACAGCGAGGCCUGUCCUGGAGAAAAGCACCAUGUUAGCAGUUUUAGUGGAGCAGCUGAAGAAGACUGGACUCCAAGCUGCUCCUGCUGAUCACUGCUAUGCUGGACCUGAAGAUGUGGCCUGUGAUGUCUGCACUGGAAGAAAAAUGAAAGCCUUCAAGUCCUGUUUAUUCUGUCUGGCAUCUUACUGUGAGAAACACCUUCAGACUCAUAAUAUUGUUGCAGUUUCAUUAAAGAAACACAAGCUGGUGGAGCCCUCCAAGAAGCUCCAGGAGAACAUCUGCUCUCGUCAUGAUGAGGUGAUGAAGAUGUUCUGCCGUACUGAUCAGCAGAGUAUCUGUUAUCUCUGCCCUGUGGAUGAACAUAAAGGCCACGACACAGUCUCAGCUGCAGCAGAAAGGACUGAGAGGCAGAGAGAGCUGGAGGUGAGUCGACAAAACAUCCAGCAGAGAAUCCAGGACAGAGAGAAAGAUGUGAAGCUGCUUCAACAGGAGGUGGAGGCCAUCAAUCAGUCUGCUGAUCAAACAGUGGAGCACAGUGAGAAGAUCUUCACUGAGCUGAUCCAUCUCAUCCAGAAAAGAAGCUCUGAUGUGAAGCAGCAGAUCAGAUCCCAGCAGGAAACUGAAGUGAGUCGAGUCAAAGAGCUUCAGGAGAAGCUGGAGCAGGAGAUCACUGAGCUGAAGAGGAAAGAUGCUGAGCUGAAGCAGCUCUCACACACAGAGGAUCACAUCCAGUUUCUACACAACUACCCCUCACUGUCAGCACUCAGUGAGUCUACAGACUCAUCCAGCAUCAAUAUCCGUCCUCUGAGCUACUUUGAGGAUGUGACAGCAGCUGUGUCAGAGGUCAGAGAUAAACUACAGGACAUUCUGAGAGAGGAAUGGACAAACAUCUCACUGACAGUCACUGAAGUGGAUGUUUUACUGUCAGAUCCAGCAGAGCCAAAGACCAGAGCUGGAUUCUUAAAAUAUUCACGUGAAAUCACACUGGAUCCAAACACAGCAAACAAAGAGCUGUUAUUAUCAGAGGGGAACAGAAAAGCAACAUUAAUGGAACAACAACAGUCUUAUUCUGAUCAUCCAGACAGAUUCACUUGGCGGUCUCAGGUCCUGAGUCGAGAGAGUCUGACUGGACGUUGUUACUGGGAGGUGGAGUGGAGAGGGAGAGUUUAUGUAGCAGUCGCAUACAAGAAUAUCAGCAGAGAAGGAGGUGAAUGUGUUUUUGGAUAUAAUGACAAAUCUUGGUCAUUAUAUUGUUACAACAACAGUUUUACAUUUUGGUACAACAACAUUGAAACUCCUGUCUCAGGUCCUCGUUCCUCCAGAGUAGGAGUGUACCUGGAUCACAGAGCAGGUAUUUUGUCCUUCUACAGCGUCUCUGAAACCAUGACUCUCCUCCACAGAGUCCAGACCACAUUCACUCAGCCGCUCUAUGCUGGACUGUUGGUUUACGAUGAUUAUGGAGCCACUGCUGAGUUGAUUAAAGUGAAAUAGACUGAAGUCUUUCAUAUUGUUGUAAGUUUAAAUCUGUAUUUUAGUUCCCUUUUAGUUUCUCUCCAUCAUUAUUGUGGUAUUUAUGUGCUGCACAUAAAUCAGAUGUCAGUCAAACAUUAUGGGCAGUACCUCGACAUCUUCAACAUGUUGUCUUGAUGUUUUUACGUUUUAUAGGUGGAGCUCUUUCCUGUGUCUGUUCAGCCAUGGAGACUAUCAAUGCUUAUGGAUAUUUUUAUUUGAAACAUUUCUCCACAUGACAACAUAAACUUCUCUAUCUUCUAAAUGUUUACUGAAUAUUUUUCUUAGGUAUUUGUAUGUUGUUGUUUCUCUUCACUGAUCUUAACAGAGAAGUCUACAGACCUUCCUUUAUCACACAGAUUUUAUUCUCAUUUGUACAUUUAUAAAGAAAACAAUUAAUUACAGAGCAAUAAGAAAUUUUAAGAAAGUGCACUAUAUCAUAAUUUAUAGUAAAGUGUAUUAAAGCAUCGUUAGUUAGUCACUUAUUUAGUUUGGAGCUGUAUCAUCUGACACUGUAGAAACAUUUCCUCCAGCUUCAGCACAGAAUGUUAAAAACAGAACUAUUAAUGAGAACAAACAGUAGGAACACAGUAUCAGCAAACAUCAUGGCUUAAAAUGGAGAGUAAAAAUCUAAAAAGAAAUAAACAAAUUAGUAAAAAGGAUUUCCUGUUGACAUGUUAUUGGUCCUAUCUUGUCUGCAGCACCUCCAGGAUGCUUCUUAUAUGUUUCUGGUUAUUUUUGCACCAAUUUUAGUUUUUGUCAGUAGGAAGUUCAAGUUCAACUCAGUGUGUUUGUUUGUUUUUUUCAAACUGAUACCUGACCUUGAACACCAAACAUCUGUCAAUAAAGCAAUGAUAUAAAAUGCUUAUAUUAGUACUGAAAAACUGCAUAUCCACUUUACAAAUAUAAAUAAUGAUAUAAAUCCACAGCUGAACUGGAGGAGCAGCUGAUCUAGUUCACUCAUGUGUUUCUGGACUAAGAGUUGGAGCAAAUACCUUAUGAUUCAGUGAUGUUUGUUUUUGUUAAAUAUUUUGUAGAUCCAAGAGUGAGUUUGACUCAUGAUGAUGAUGUUCCGAAUUAAACAAAGUUGGUCACAAAUUC